CUUCAUUGCUCCUUCUCUACCUCUCUUUUGCUUUGUUGUUGAUAUUUGAAGAAGAGGAGUAGAGAAGAAUGGGAAGGCAGCCUUGUUGUGAUAAGGUUGGGCUGAAGAAGGGGCCUUGGACGACAGAGGAAGACAAGAAGCUCAUCAGCUUUAUCCUCAACAAUGGCCAAUGCUGCUGGAGAGCUGUGCCUAAGCUUGCAGGCUUGCUAAGGUGCGGAAAAAGUUGCAGACUGAGAUGGACAAACUAUCUCCGUCCUGAUUUGAAGAGAGGAUUGCUCUCAGAAUCCGAGGAGAAGCUGGUCAUUGAUCUCCAUUCCCAACUUGGAAACAGGUGGUCAAAAAUUGCUGCAAACCUCCCUGGAAGAACAGAUAAUGAGAUCAAGAAUCACUGGAACACGCAUAUAAAAAAGAAGCUAAGAAAGAUGGGAAUUGACCCUCUCACACACAAGCCCCUCGCUUCUGAAGAACAAUUAUCUCAUCAAUCUGAACACCAUGAGGCCCCCUCCGCCUACUCCGACUUAUCAACUGCGGCCAAUCUCCAUUGCCCACUCGACGGCCCGGAGACUUUCUGCACUGAUGAAGUUCCUCUCAUGGAGCCUCAUGAGAUCAUUGUACCCUGCACUCCCUCCGCCACUCCAUGCUCAUCAUCUUCUCGAUCAUCAUCCUCAACAACUAAAAGAACAACAUGGUCGUCGUCAUCAUCAUCAUCGUCCAAUUCUUCAGUAAAAGCUGAGGAGAUACAAAUUCCAUCCAUGGAGUGGCCAGAAUCAGUAUCUUUCUGGGGAAUGGAUGAUUUUAUGGGAUGGGACUUUAUUUCUCAUGAUGGAGAAGGAAAGCUGAGCUCUACUGAUCUUUUCAACCAGAAUCAAGAGCAAUGGAAGUUUGAACUAUUUUGAUUGCGUUACUUCUUCCUUUAUUUUCUCCUUUUUCUUUUCUCCUUGCUGGUUUGUCUAUCAUUGUGGCAAAGAUAGGUAGAAGAAAUAAGUCUUACAGAGUGAUUAGUCACUUUCUGUAUGUUCAUAAUAGGAAGGUUUAAUAAGUGAGAAAGAAGUUUCUUUGAAUUGUUGAUGUAAUUUCCUCUACUGCUCAAAUAGUCAAAUGUAUAGAGAAGUUUAUUAAUUCUGUAUCAAAAGUCAAUUUGGGAAAAAUUAUUCUGUGCUAGCGCCGAAUGUCAUCCAGAGAUCAAUCAUAAUGCGUCAUGUCACCCCUUCGCUCGGUACCGUUUACGUGGAUGCAUCUUAUUCGUCUCCAGACAUAGAGCUGCAUCCGGCCUCUGCACAGAACAAUUUAUCGGAAUUUGGAGGCUAAUCAAUGUCAAUUCUAAAGACGAUUUGGCUGGUUUUAUUCAUUUGAUCGAGGCUUUGUGUUUAUCGAUUUGUGAAAAUAUGUGAUGGGAUUUGAUUGGUAAU